AUGAACAAUUACCAGCGGGAAAACAACAAAACUUAUCAAACAUUGAAAGAUGCUGAGAACGGAGGAUACGGCGUCCUGGCCGCCAUAGCGUAUAAUAUCGAACAUGUCCUGGGAUUCAUUCGUGCUGCGGAGUAUAAAUGCUCACCGUUAAUUAUACAGCUCUUCCCUUGGGCCGUCAUAUUCACGAAUGGCCGCCUUGUCCAUUUUGCGGCUGCUUUGGCACAAGAAGCCUCCGUUCCCAUCGCAAUUCACCUGGAUCACUGCCAAGACGAGUCUCUCAUUAGGUACGCUGCAACCAAUCUACCCUUCGACAAUAUAAUGGUGGACAUGAGCCAUUGUUCGAAAGAGGAGAACCUUCGAAAAACGGCGGAGCUCGUACAGUUCUGCCAUGCCCAUCACAAGUCCACAGAGACGGAACCUGGGCGAAUCGAGGGCGGAGAAGAUGGUAUCAGCGAUACCGCGGAUCUGGGGCCUCUUAUGACUACGAGUGAGGAAAUGAAGGCGUUUGUUGAAACAGGUGUUGACUUUGUAGCACCCUCGUUUGGAAAUGUUCAUGGUGAGUUGGAGCGCGAGGCAUUCAGCUUGAUUGGGAACGGUUGGACGAUGCUCGAAGUAUUGCGGCGGGAAAUGAUGUCAGAAUUGUUUCGCAUGGUGUCAAUGAUUUUGAUACUGAUCUCAUGA